AUGAGUUACAAUCAUUUAUUCAAGGUUAGUUUUUUUUCUUUCAAAACUAGUGGGAUUAGGGAACUCCCGGAGAAUUUUUUUGAAGCCAAAAAAUUUUUUUUUAUUUUUUUAAAUUUCACAUUGUCUUGAAAUUAUAUUUCCGAAAAAAAUACUGAUUUUUUCCAAGUUAAUUUGAGAUUUUAAAAUUAUUGUUUUCAAAUACUGAAAGAAAACACAUUGUUUAUUUUCCUGCAAGAGAAUUUCGAAAUCUUCAAAUCAUUUCAACAUUUUUUUCACUAAAAAUCAAUAAUCCCAAAAAUAUUUCAAAAGUAAAAAAAAAUCAUUUCUCCAUCUCCAGUAGUAGCUCAUCUAAUAUUGACACAACGCCCCAAAAUAUACUGUUUCAAUCGAAUUGUCAAAUAAAAUGCAUUUUGUAGUUUUCCACAAAAAUAAAUUUUCCGCUUUCGAAGAACCUUUUUGUAUACAUACAUUCAUACAAAAAGGGUAACUUUCACUCUUUUCAAAAAGGAGUUAUAAUAACUGCAAAAUCCUCGAGGGACCCAUUUUUCGUCGUCUUGUCGAAAUUGUUUUUUUUCGCCUUAAAUGAACGAAAAGAAAUAAUGGGAAGCAAUCAAAAAUGAAUAGUAAUUGUAAAAAACAAUAAUAAUAAUAAUAAUUACAUGGGACAUUGCUUUAAUCGGAUUAAGGCUAAGUAGCCUUUCCCCACCUGUACACAUAAAUAAAUUCAAAAAAAAAAUUCUUUUUGCAGAUCGUUGUUGUUGGGGAUCAUAACUGUGGAAAAUCAUGCAUAUUAUUGAGAUUUGCUGAAAACAAUUUUCGAGUUGAUCAUAUAAGUACACUUGGUGUGGAUUUCAAGUUGAAAACAAUCAAACUUGGAAGAGAUAAGGUACUUGACUUUUUUCUCUCUUUCAAAUAAAAAACUAUACUGUAUUUUAUUGUAGAUCAGAUUAGAAUUAUGGGAUACUGCUGGAAUGGAAAGAUAUCGAACAAUCUAUAAUUCAUAUUAUCAUUCUGCACACGGUGUAAUGUGUGUCUAUGAUAUGACGAAUGAAAAAAGUUUCGAAAAUUUGGAAAAAUAUUGGUUGAAUGAAAUCAAACAACAUGCACCACAAAAUGCCGUGUUGAUGUUGGUUGGAAAUAAAGCCGAUUUGGACAAAGAGAGAAAGGUUUGUACUUUUGGGCAAAAAUUGUAAUCAAGGUUGUAUUGACAUAUUUUUAAUAAUAAAAAAAAUAAAAAACCUAUUCAAACCUACAUUUAUUUAUUCAUAAUCGAAGUAAGCCUUUAUUAUUCUACAGGUGUUCAAUGUUCUUGUGACUAAACACAGCUGUUUUUUCCAUUAAUCUAUGUUUUCUAAAAAAAAACCCGAAAAAAUCCAUCUUCCAACACACUCAACAUUAAUGAUUCAUCAUUUUUCAUUUUUUUCCUCGCCGUAAAAGGGCAUUAUUUUGUAUAUAUUUUUUGCAGUCUGGGUGAAAUUCGAAACGCUCACAGAUAAAUAGGAUAGGGUUCCAAAAAAAGGUCGUCCUUCAAUCCUAUUAGCCCAAAUUACAUAAUGGUCUUCUUCUCCUUCUUCCUAGUAUUUUUCGUCUUCUUCGUUUUUCUCGUAACCUUUCUCUCGGUGUUUUGCAUAAAUGUACAUAUUUGUACAAAACAAAAACAAAUAUGGGUUAGGCUUUGUGUUAUAUUUACAAGGAACACAUUUUUGAGGAAACGAAAGGAAAAGGGGUCGGAGUUCGUACUUGAAGCAAAAUCAUUUGUCUAUUUGCUCAAUGUGUGAUUGGAAUUUUAUAUAAAUAUGAGCUUUUGAUUUGUUCACUGAUGUACGAUUACACUGUGUGAAAAAAAUGAUACGAUUUAUUAUGAUAAAAAUUUUGGAUGUGAAAAAUUGAGGCUGGGAAAAGUGUAACAAAAUUGUGAAACAGUAUUUUAAAAUAAAAAUUUUCAAGGAAAAAAGGGAGGAUGAGAAGAAAACAAAUUAUAUCUUGAAAAACAUACGGUUCACCUUUGGAAUUUUGGGAACUUACAAUUAGUUCAGAUUCUGAAUCUUUUUUUUUCUGAAAAUAAUACGCAAGAAUCAUCUGAUAAAAUAAAAUUAGAAAUCUACGACCAGAAUUUUUCGUUUUGAAAAUAUUCCAUGAAAGUUUUCCAGCAAUUUUUUUUUCCAAAACUAUUUCCAAAUAUCCACCACAAGUCAUUACAAUUUUCUGAAUUACCCUAAUUUUUUCAGGUUGAUUUCGAUCGCGCCGAACGUCUCGCUUCACGUCUUGGUGUCUCCUUAUACGAAGUUUCUGCAAAAACGGGUAAGUGCAAUAUUUCAUAUUGUAUGUAAUUCUACACGAUUCUUCAAUUAUUCAUAAGAUGGACCAAUAUAUAUGAAGAUUAGCUUUUUCUUUUUUUUUUAAUACCAAAAAAGAGUCCACAAAAAGAAUAAUUUGAUGUUUUAUCUUUUAGGUAUCAAUUGUGAAGAAGCUUUCCAUACAUUGACAGCAGCAAUGCGUGAAAGGUUAACAGCUGGAAGUAUGCACUCGGAUGAUUCGGACGACAAUGAGGUUAGCACUUUUCGUUGGCUUGUUUGAAAAAGGAAAAUCAGAAAAUCAGAAAAAAAAGAAUGAGCGAAAUCUUGUCACGCAAUAACAACAUCUUUUGUUCGCUUUGACACUUACUUAAAAUGCAAUUUAUGCUCUUUUUCGCCUUUUUUUGUAUGUUUGCAAAAUGCUUGAGAGGGUUCUUGAAGACGCAAAAUAUUGAGAUUUUUUUGUGAUGAAUGUUUUUAGCGCGUAAAACUGAUUAAUGGGUGUAUGAAUUGGAAAUAUGAGGGAAAAUGUGGCGAUUUUUGAUCGGAAAUUUGAAAAUCUGGCUUUUUGAUUGAUCAUGGGAAAUGAGUUUUGAAAAAAAAAUGUGCUCGGACAUCGUAGAGAGAGAGGAAACAAAAUGAAUUCCUUGAAAAUAAUUAUUUUUAACGAAAACUUUAAUUUAAUUUAUUCAUUUUUUUUUCAAAUUUCUAAACUUUUCAAGUUUUUUCAACGCUUAAAAUAGAGAAUCAACGGAAAUUAAAUCGUAAAGAUUAACUCGAAAAGUAUAUGUUUUCAAUUAAUAAGGACUGUAUAGGAAACUCAUAAGUAAACCAUGUUUCAAACAAAAAUUUAUUUUUUUUCAGGAAUUCGCAUCAGCUUUCCACGUCGACGGAGUCAUCAGAAAUGAAAAAUCAAAAAUGGGCGGAUGUUGCUCAAGCGGCCCAGAACCAGCCUUUGUUUGA